AUGGACAAGGCCACAGCCGCUGAAUAUCAAGAGAAGAGAGGCGCCUCAGUCGCCUCUGCUAGCCAUGUCAAGGAGACAUUUGGGGCAACAAUCGACAACGAGCAAGAGCAUCAGCUCACACUGCGCUACGUUUUCAAACACCACAAAGCUCUAAUAGGGUGGUCUUUUUACUGGGCUAUGUGUGCGGUCGGCUGGGGUUUUGAUGCCCAAGUCAAUGGCGCCAUGAUCUCGGUUCCUGCCUUUCGACGCGACUUUGGUUACAUGCUUGAUGGCGAGCCAGUCAUCCCUGCCAGCUGGUUGAUCGCCUUUAACAUCGUCAGUGCCGUCGGCCAGUUCUUUGGUGGUUUCCUCUGCAGCUGGAUUGCCGAUCGAAUCGGGCGGAAGGCAUCUCUGCUUGCGGCAAUCAUUGUCUGUACUGGCGGUAUUGUUGGUGAGAUCUUCUCUACGAGUCGCGGCGCUUUCGUCGCUUCGAAAUUCAUCCUCGGUCUCGGGCUUGGCUUUUACCUCACACUCGGCCCGUUGGCCUGUAGCGAGAUUACGCCCGUUGUGCUUCGUGGCAUCUCAACUGCAGGCAUCAAUCUGGGUAUCGCUGUCGGUCAACUCCUUUCCAACGGCGUCAUCAAGGGGUUCGGCGCCCGUGACGAUCGCUGGGCAUACGCCGGACCGUUUGCGAUCCAGCUUUUCUUCUCCGCCUUCCUCCUGGCCGGCCUGCCCUUCGUUCCGGAAACGCCGUGGUACCUUGUCCGGAAGAACAAGGACGAAGAAGCGCUUCGGUCUCUCCAGAGAUUGUGGGGAAAGGACUUUGACGUCUCCGCCAAGCUGGCCGCACUCCAAACCACUAUUGAAGAAGAGUUACAACAGAAGAAAGCGAGCCUCGUUGAUUGCUUCCGCGGAACCAACCUUCUCCGUACUGGCAUCUCCGUGGGCGUUUUUGCCUGUCAACAUCUCGUCGGCAUAAUCUUUGUGCUCGGCUACUCGACCUAUUUCUUUCAGCUUGCAGGACUGGAUACCGCUCGUUCGUUCGACCUAGGGGUUGGCGUGACUGCUUGUGGCGUGCUAGGCAACUUUUGCAGUUGGUUUGUCGUCAACUCAUACGGCCGUCGCAAGAUCUUCGUUGGUGGCAUGGGCGCCCUCACGGUUCUUCUUCUCGUAAUCGGUAUCAUGGAUGUCGUCCCCACCGGCGCUGCCAAAUGGGUCCAAGCCUCCUGCACCGUCAUAUACGCCUUCGUCUAUUUCCUGACAAUCGGCGCAAUGGCCUUUGUGCUGCUAGGCGAAACCUCUAGCACGAGUCUCCGAGCGAAUACAACGGCCUUGGCGACAGCCACACAGGCAGUCUUCGGCAUCGCCAUGAACUUCGCCAUUCCGUACAUGGUGAACCCAGACGAGGGUAACCUGAAAGGCAAGGUUGGCUUCAUAUUUGGCGGCCUGGCAGCCAUUGCGACUUUUGGAAGUUACAUCUAUGUGCCGGAAUUGAAGGGACGUACUUUCAAUGAGAUUGAUACUAUGUUCUUCCGCCACGUACCGCCGAGGAAGAUGGGACACUAUGAGGUUAUCAACUAG